GUGGAAGAAUCUACUAAAUGCAUCCUAACACCAAACUAAGCACACUGGAAACAAACCUUCAGAAGGAAAAAUGGAUCGCUUGUCUUGGUCAUCAGAAACUAACAGCUUUCGACGUUUCACCCCUGAGUCCUUGGCUGCAAUUGAGCAAAGAAUUGCUGAGAAAAAAAAGCAGCCAGACAAAGAAAAAGAGAAGCAUAAGGACCAAGGAGUUGAAGAACAACUUACUCCCCAGCUUGAUCUGCAAAUCUGCAAAAAGCUGCCAUGUCUUUAUGGGGACAUUCCAUCAGAGCUCAUUGGGGAGCCCCUGGAGGAUUUUGAUCCAUACUACAGUGACCACAAGACUUUUAUGGUGCUUAAUAAAAAGAGGACUAUUUUCCGGUUUGCUGCCACACCUGCCUUGUGUAUAUUUGGUCCUUUUAAUCCAGUCAGAAAAGCAGCAAUUAAAAUUCUGACCGAUUCAGAUUUUGUUGCCUUUAUUAUAUGUACCGUGUUACUCAAUUGUGUGCUUAUGACUGUACGUCAGCUCCCACCAAGACUCAGGUGGACUGAAUGGUUUUUUACUGCCAUAUAUACUACUGAAAUAUUGAUAAAAAUAGUAGCAAGAGGAUUUGUUUGGAAUGAAUUUACCUUCCUUCGAGAUCCGUGGAACUGCUUGGAUCUUUCUAUUAUUAUCAUAAUGUACGUUACUACGUUUAAAAAAAUGGGCAAUGUUUCAGCUCUUCGAACUUUCAGAGUACUGAGGACUUUGAAAGCCAUUUCAGUAAUACCAGGUUUGAAAAUCCUGGUAAAUUCAAUUAUUGAAUCUGUUAGGAAACUUGCUGACGUGUUGAUCUUGACUGUAUUUUGCUUGAGUAUAUUUGCCCUAAUAGGCCUCCAGCUUUUUAUGGGCAAUUUAAGAUUCAAAUGUGUCCUCAAAAAUACUGAGUACAAUGACUCAUUAUGUAAGGAUCCCAAGAUCUAUGUACCAAGUGAUGAAGAUAUCUGCCACAGAAUGAAUGGCUCUUCUGACAUAUUGCUCUGUGGGUUCAGUUCAGAUCCCGAGAAAGAGUGCCCAGAAAACUAUACCUGCCAGAAGAUUGGGCAGAAUCCUGACUUUGGUUAUACAAGUUUUGAUCAUUUUGGCUGGGCCUUCCUCUCUGUAUUCCGUCUGAUGACACAGGAUUCCUGGGAGCGUCUCUACAGACAGACUAUCCGUACAUCUGGAGUGACCUCCUUUUUUUUUUUUAUGGGAGUCAUCUUUUUCUGCUCAUUUUAUCUCUUCAAUCUGAUCUUGGCUGUAGUAACUAUGGCAUAUGAAGAGCAAAACAGAUCUAGUCUUGCUGAAACAGAGACCAAGAAAAAACUACUUCAGGAAGCCCAAGACAUUUUAAAGAAAGAACAGGAGUUGGCUGCAACAGAAAGCAGUAAGACCUUGCAGGGUGGGUCUGAAAUACCAGUUGAUGACUUGACAAAUUCGAAAGGAAAUGAGAUUAAUGAGGAAACACUUAUUUUAAGACAAAAUGUAAUUUUAGGUGAUCAGGAGAAAGAGGAGCAAAUAUUUCAUUCACAGCCUGGUCACUGCCACAAGAAGCUUAGGAAGAUCCUGCUGUCCUAUGAUGUGUCAGUGGACUCUAUUAAUGAUCCUUACAGAAGACAGAGGUUAAUGAGUGCAGCCACUAUUCUUACAGACUUUUCAGAGUCAAAAGUGAAACGUCCUGCAUUGUGGAAACGUUUUGCUUCAAAGUAUCUAAUUUGGAAUUGUUGUCCACUCUGGAGAGCAGUCAAAGAGAAGGUGAAAUUGGUGAUUUUGGAUCCAUUUGUUGAACUCUUUAUCAUGGUUUGCAUUAUCUUGAACACCUUAUCCAUGGCUAUGGAGCACCCUGGCAUGUCUCCAGGAAACAGAAAAAUGAUUACUAUAAGUGACCAGGUCUUCACCCUGAUUUUUACACUAGAAAUGAUCUUGAAAAUCAUUGCUCUAGAUCCUUACUACUAUUUUCAGAACAAGUGGAAUGUUUUUGAUAGCUUGGUUGUUUUGAUUGGCCUAGUGAGCUUUGGAACCAAUCUGUCACCUUUCAGAGUGAUCAGGAUCUUCAAAUUGGCAAAGUCCUGGCCAGCCUUAAAUACUCUUGUGAAAAUAAUUCUAAACUCAUGUGGUGCUCUGAGUAACCUCACUCUGGUUUUGGCUAUCACUGUAUUUAUUUUCGCUGUACUAGGAAUGCAGCUUCUGGGCAGUGAUUAUGAAACAAACUUCUGUAAUAUAAGCACCACUGAGGAUUUACGCUGGCAUAUGAAGGAUUUCAGUCAUUCAGUCCUGAUUAUAUUCCGAAUAUUAUGUGGAGAAUGGAUUGAAACGAUGUGGGAAUGUAUGGAAGUGGCUGGAAAAGAGAAAUGUAUUACAAUUUUCAUGCUAGUCCUGGUGAUAGGAAACCUGGUGGUGGUCAACUUGUUCAUUGCCUUGGUGAUGAGUUCAUUGAAUACUGAUACCUCAGGAGGACAAGAGGAACCUGGAGAAAGGACUAAAUGUCAGAUUGCCCUUGCACAGAUUCACCAGGGCCUGAAGUCUUUGAAAGACAGAAUUCUGGAUCCUUGUGGCAGAAAAAUGAAAGGAAGCCUCAGAAAAACAGAUAAAAAGAAGACUUUGGAAGAAAUUUCUGGCAAAAACAUAGAGGAUAAUAAUUGUGUCUGUGUUCCCAUUGCAAAAUCAGAGAGUUACAGUGACAAAAGUGAUGAUGAGCACUCUGUAGUCACAGAAACAGAACACAGAAAACAGGGAGACAGAUUACGACACAGAGAACAGCGGCAGAAUUCAAGCAGCUUCAGUCAGAUUUCUGAGACUCCUGAAACUAUAAGUGUUUUCACAGUAACACAUGAAAAGCAAGAGCAAAAAGAGAAAUGUGGUGCUGCUCACAGCUUUUCUGAAGCCAGCAGUGUGGAUGCAGCUGUUGGUCUGGAGAUGUUUUUCCAGACUGAAAAAUCACACCUGCCUAAGGACUGUUUUGGAGAAAAUUGUGGUAAAUGUUUCCCAUGUUGUGUAGUGGAUAUCACUAAGUUUCCAGGCAGAAGGUGGUGGAACUUCAGGAAAACCUGCUACCGAAUUGUUAACCAUAGCGGGUUUGAAUAUUUUAUGGUUUUUGUGAUAGUAUUGAGCAGUGCAGCACUGGCAUUUGAAGAUAUUCACCUGCAGGAUAGAGAAAAAGUGAAAAUGAUCCUAAAUUAUGCUGAUAAAAUAUUUAGCUACAUCUUUUUGAUGGAGAUGCUUCUGAAAUGGGUAGCUUAUGGAUUGCGCAGUUACUUCACAAAUUCCUGGUGUUUGCUUGACUUUGUCAUUGUAUGUCUGUCAUUUGUUUCCUGGGCACUAAAUCCUGAUCCCACAGUUGUAUCACCUUGUUCCUCUGGAAGUGGCCUGAAAUCUCUCAGGACUCUUAGAGCACUGAGGCCUCUACGAGCUUUGUCAAGAUUUGAAGGGAUAAAGGUUGUUGUCAAUGCACUCCUUGGAGCUAUCCCCUCAAUCUUCAAUGUUUUGCUCGUCUGUGUUGUCGUUUGGCUCCUAUUUAACAUUUUAGGAGUAAAAUUGUUUGGGAAAAGAUUUUCAAAGUGCAUACUCCAGGAAGGAGAUAUCCGUGCCAUUAAUAACAGAAAUAAUUGUAUAUCCUGUGGUGGAAAUUGGACAAAUUCUCCUGUAAACUUUGAUAAUGUUGGGAUGGGAUACUUGGCUCUGCUCCAAGUGGCAACUUUUAAAGGUUGGAUGGAUAUUAUGUAUGCAGCAGUGGAUUCACGUCAGAUGAAUGAACAGCCAAAGUUUGAAGCAAGCUUGCACAUGUACAUAUACUUUGUGGUUUUCAUUAUUUUUGGAUCUUUCUUCAUGCUGAACCUUUUUAUUGGAGUGGUUAUCAACAAUUUUAACGAACAAAGGAAAAAGAUAAGUGGAAAGGAUCUAUUUUUGACUGAGGAACAGAAAAAGUACUAUAAUGCCCUAAAAAAACUUGGAUCCAAGAAACCUCAAAAACCCAUCCCAAGACCAUCGAAUGCGUUCCUGGGAUUGCUGUUUGAUAUCGUAAUGCACAAAGCAUUUGACAUCAUCAUUGUCAUUUUCAUCUGCCUAAAUAUGUUUGUUAUGAUGGCAGAAAAUAACCAGGAAGGCACCAAGGAAGUUCUUAAUAAAAUCAACUACUUUUUUGUGGCUGUAUUUACAGCAGAAUGUGUCAUAAAAAUGCUGGCCUUAAGACAGCAUUACUUCAAAAGCGGCUGGAACUUAUUUGAUUUUAUUGUUGUGGUCCUUUCAAUAGUCAGUAUUGGAGUUUCUGAAGCCUUUCAAAAAUUCGUCUCUCCUACACUUUUGAGAACUAUUCGUUUGGUGCGAAUUGGCCGAAUCCUGAGAUUGGUUCGAAAAGCGAGAGGACUUCAAACCCUUCUCUUUGCAUUACUGAUGUCUCUUCCUGCAUUGGUCAACAUUGGCCUUUUGCUUUUCCUGAUUAUGUUCAUUUAUGCCGUUGUGGGCAUGGCAAACUUUGCCUGUCUUCCCUGGGAAGGUGGGAUUGAUAACAUUUUCAACUUUCAAACCUUUUCUGGUAGCAUUCUCUGUCUCUUCCAAAUUACAACAUCAGCUGGCUGGGAUGGUCUUCUGGCCCCUUUGUUAAAUGAAUCUGAUACAUGUGCUCCCAACUUAAAUUUAAAUGUGACAGAUAAAACUACUUGCAAAAAUAGACCAUUUGGUAUUUUUUAUUUUGUAAGCUAUGUCAUUAUAUCAUUUCUCAUUGUUGUAAAUAUGUACAUAGCUGUCAUUUUAGAGAACUUCAAUGUUGCCACCGAAGAAAGCACAGAUCCUCUUUGUGAGGAGGACUUUGAUAUGUUUUAUGAGACCUGGGGAAAAUUUGAUCCUCUGGCAACACAGUUUAUUGACUAUUCUGCUCUUUCAGACUUUGCAGAUGCUCUGGCAGAACCCUUGCGCAUUCCAAAGCCCAAUAACAUCCAGCUCAUAUCCAUGGACCUCCCUCUAGUGAGUGGAGAUAAGAUCCACUGCUUGGAUAUCUUGCUUGCUUUCAGUAAACGAGUCUUGGGAGAAUGUGGAGAUUUUGAUACACUUAAAUUACUGAUUGAAGAAAAAUUUGUGGCUGCCAAUCCAUCAAAAAGAUCUCACAGGCCAAUUUCUUCUACAUUUAAGAGAAAACAAGAGGAGGUAUCAGCAGUUAUUAUCCAAAGGGCCUUCAGGAGGUAUUUGAUACAGCGUUCUUUCAAAAAUACAUCUUUCUUAUGCCGUCACAGACAGACCAGUGCUGUCUUUGGAGAAGAAAUGCAGGAUUAGCAAAGGCUUAUUGUAUCAAUGCUUAAUGAAAGUAGUGGCAGGAAGAUACAUAAAUCACGGCCUGUUUCUUCCACAUCUCUCCCUUGACUUUUUGAUGCUGUUGCUGAAACAAAUAAGCUGGACACAUAAGAUUAUCCAGGCCACAGCAUUUUUGACAUUUAAAGUAAAGUCACUGAUUUUCAGAUGGAGACAAUGUGUGAAUCCCAGAGCAUAAUACUCUGAAUUUAGAAUAAUGAUGGCAGCCUUCAAGCAUUGUGAUUGUUCAAAUUUGCAAAUUCUCCCUAAAAUGAUUAAGAUCUGAACAACUAUGUCAUAAAUAUUGGAGAAAAAUCAAACCAUAGAACUUUUUUCUCAGCUAGUGGAGUAGGUGGGUUAAUUUUUUCACCUGCUAGUUUUGUCCUAGUUCGUGUGUUUAUGGAAGAAAUUCUUAAAAGGUCAGUUGUAAGCACAGAUUUAUAAACACACAAGGCUCUAGAAUAAUGUAAAUCUCUUUAGAGAUAACCAAUAUUUCCAACUAGGCUUUAUUGUAGCAAAAUGAAAUAAUUACUGCAUUUCUGUAAUAGAGCUGAUUCAGGACACUCGAGUAUAAUCAGCCUCUGACUUUGAUGGUUUUGAGACCAUCCUCCUCCUAGCAUGUUUGGGUGGAUUUGUUUAUGCUUAAGAAUUUUGGAGGUGUCUUUAUAUGUGCACCUAAAUGGAUUUAAGAGAUCAUCCUCAGUUACCUGUGCUUGAAAGUUCUAUAUAAUUUGUUCUUUGUAUCAUUCGGUGUAUGGAAAUUGU